UCAGUAUGAGAUACCAAAUGCAGAUCCUGUACAUCGCAAAGUAAAAUUACCAGAUGCAGAUCCUUUAUAUCGCACAUAUCGUCAAUGUAUCGCUGAUGGUCUGUAUUCUGCCAGUGCUGAAGCUAUUUGGGGAAAAGUUACAGAUCUCGUCAAUGAUUGCAUGAAGAAGCACAAUAUACUGAAGAGAUUUCCACUGAGGCAAGUGCGAAAUUCAGAUGAAACAAAAUAUUUUCUUAACGUCACCUCAAAUAUUCCGGCAUCUGAACAAUGCAAUGUAGUUACGCUAGGCAUUGGUAAAGAUAUUGCUGCUGAGCAACAACUCGCCAAAUUAAUCCCAGCACAAUGUCAUUUUCACGGUGCUGAUCCAGGGAUCAAUGAAAACAAACAACUGUAUUCGACGAUCGGCACAUACUAUCCGUACGCUAUUGCAGCUACAAGUGGCAUUAAAAGUGCUUCGCUCUACGGUAUGUGGCAUCCAGAAAAUAUUCUGACGCAGUGA